AUGUCAGUUGGGCAAUUCAUUCGGCAGAUCGAUGCCUACCGGCUUGGGACCGGAGUGGCACUGCUGUUCCUCGCUGCCUUUUACUCCCCUGUGAUGAGCAUGGUAUUGUCCCCUGUAUUUGGCUCCCACCCUGUGCAUAUCUUCCACGCCUAUGCUGUAGCCAUUUUCGGCGUAGCCGGAUGGUUCUUGAAGGACCAGAUACAAAGGCGCCUUGGCCGCCUCGCUGCGUAUCUGCUUCCUGUCCUGGCAUUCUGGACCCCCACGCUGCAGUAUUUUGUCAUGCAGCAGAGCUCAAAGCUGGGUAACCCGCUUGGUCCGAUCAUCACUGAGCUCUUCGGUUAUCUUCCCUUGGUGUCGUUGACUGUCGCCAUCGCCGGCAAGCAGGUCCAGGCCGCUUUGAACCUCGAGUCGCAUGGAGAGGUCGCAGCAGAGCAUGUCCCUCUCUUGGGAUCGUAUCUCAUCUACUCUGUUGGUGAGCACAUUGCUCGGGCAAUCUUGUCCCGUGCCAUUGGCGCUACCGUACUUUUCUCCCGCGCUGGUAUGCAAUUUGUCAUUGCUAUCCUGUAUGCAGUGAUUGUUCCGAAAUCCAAGCUCCUUCUGCUGGCCAUUCCAUCCGUGCUGUUUAGCCUCGUUGCUGAUGUCCACCUGGGUGGUAUUGGUGCUGCAAACUCGGCUCUCCAGAAGGAAGGCUACUCUCUCUUAGCGCGACAGGAAUCCUACACGGGAUAUCUCUCCGUUCUGGAGAACGAUCAGGAUGGUUUCCGUGUGUUGCGUUGUGAUCACAGUCUUCUCGGCGGACAGUGGACGAAAUCCAUCCCUGGGUACCACCCCCAAGUGGAGGAUCCGAUCUAUGCAGUCUUCGCUAUGCUUGAGGCCGUUCGGCUCGUUGAGCCUGAUAGCGGUGUUCAACGCGUGGACGCAGAGAGCAAGGCAUUGGUGAUUGGCCUUGGAAUUGGUACUACCCCGUCAGCUUUGAUGAAGCACGGAAUUGAUACCACCAUUGUUGAAAUCGACCCCGUUGUGUACAAGUUCGCAACUGAAUACUUCAAUUUGCCCUCCAACCACGUGGCCGCCAUUGAGGAUGCGACCACCUUCGUCAAGAAGGCGCAGAACUCUGCCGGUCAAUAUGAUUACAUUGUCCACGACGUCUUCACCGGCGGUGCCGAGCCUUCCGAACUUUUCACCAUCGAGUUCUUGAGAGACCUCCACGCCCUGCUCAAGGAAGAUGGUGUCAUUGCUAUUAACUACGCUAGCGACAUCACUCUCUACCCCACCGGCCUGAUCGUCCGCACCAUCAAAGCCGUCUUCCCAUCCUGCCGUAUCUUCCGUGAAGCGGAAGCCAACCAAGACGACGCGACCUCUGACUUCACUAACAUGGUCCUUUUCUGCAAGAAGAGCAAGAACUCACAGGUGGAGUUCCGUAAGCCCACCAAGGCUGAUUACCUGGACAGCAAGUCGCGUGAAAGCUACCUGCUGCCAAGACACGAGAUCGAUUUCUCAUUGUUUGACACUGUGCCCAAGAACGGAAGACGUUUCCUUGUCGCGAAGGAGGUUAAUCGGUUAUACAAGUACCAAGACCGGGCUGCCCUGGAGCACUGGGAGAUUAUGAGAACGGUUCUUCCUGCUGCUGUGUGGGAGAACUGGUGA